AUGCGCCCCUCCUCUCACCUCCACCAACCACUCCUAAAGCGCUCUUCAUACUACACACCCGACUACCGACAAUCACCUGCUUUGAUCCGCGCACGGCGGCCAUACCUCGUCAAGAAUGCCAUCACUGGACUAGCUAUCGGGGGAUUUGCUAUCGGCGUUUUCGCGUUCACGCUCAAAGCCGUAGGGCAGGAUACGUUUGACGAUGUGAUCGUCCCGACAGACAGCGAUAAGUUGAGCCAGCCGCCGAAGACGCCAAACGUGUCGGCUGGUGGCGCGCGGUCAUGA